UUUUACCUGUAAAUUUGGAAAUGUUUAUAAACAAUAAAUGUUACAAUAAAUGUUUUAUCUCAGUUCAAGAGAAACAAGACAGAAAAGUACUAGAAUUUGAGGCAUAAAUUGUUGAAUAUAAAUCUUAAAGCCAGCGAAGGGCGCGGAAGGCGGAGAGAAGAGAAGACAUGAUAUGAUGCAUGGAGGUGCUUACAGAAGAUUUUGGUAAAAUGGGCUGUAUUUUUACAGUUAAACACAGUCGGUUAAAGCUAUUACGCUUGUUUAUAGGUUUCAUCUUUCUACUACCUUUGGCAUGUUUUAUAGAACUUUAUACUCAGGAACUAUUUAUUCUCUGGGGUGUUGUGUUUUUAUUAGUAAUAAUUUUAAUUCUUCGUCUCAAUAAAAAAGUGAUAUCAGAAAGAUUAUUAGUAUUACCAACCAUAGGACUACAAAUUCAAAGUGAAAAUUGGUUAGGUACUCUAGUCACAGAAUUUAUAGAAAUCUCGUGUGUAAAAGAUGUUGUAAUAAAUGAGGCAAUUCGUCCUUUUACAGUCACAUUUUAUUUAUGCGUAUUGACAGGGGAUAAAAAAUCUCAAGAAAUCAAAGAAAUCCGACCAUUGUUUACACAUUCCUGGCUAAAAUUGGAAGAUUUGAAAAAAGUGUAUAGUGCCAUCCAAAUCAAACUAUUUAAAUAUCAAAAAGAGAAAACAUCUUAGCAGCAAAUCAAACGUUUCUGUGUGCAGUACCUCAAUAUAUUUUUCUAAAAAUAAUUAAAUAUUAUUUAAACUUUUUUCAUAACCCCUUCUUUUUUGAUAUUUUAAGUAAAAUUCCCUAUCAGUAUUUAUCGUAUCUUGAAUACAGGUUUUGACAUGGUCUUAUUAACCCAUAUUAAAUUAAGCCUACUACACAUGGGAAAUGAGAUUGGCGCCAUUCAUACCGGACCAGUCAGAUCACGUUUUUUUUGUCAUAAGACACAAAUCAGUUUUCCGCCAUCAGUUGGAAGAGACAAGAACAUAUUCUUUCAAGCCACAAAAUAUUCCACCGAUUGUUUGAUUUUCUGUCAGCUUCAAUGCUUUAACGAAAAUUUUACAAAAUUCUUUAUCGCUCAUAUUAAUCAAAACAUCUAAUGACCCAAUGCUUUCUUUUUGUUCACGGCAUAACGAGUUGAUAUGAUUAGCUUAGAUUAAAACACCUCUGGUGUGAUAUCAAUAUGAAAUAUUCAUGAUAAUCUGUUGGUAUAUUUACAUCUUCGAAUUCAGAAUAUAUUGUAUAUUUUUUAUAUUAUGCCUCACCUUAUAUAAGUGAGUUUUGUAUGUUUGAACAAAUUUGUACAAAAUUUUACAAGCAUUUUCUCAUUUUAUUUGGUAAAAUUCUCAUGGUUAUAGUUUAGUCCCACAUGUGUUUGAGAUAUUAUCUAUAUGCAUAGGAGUUUUAAAAUUCAUGAAAUGUUAGACUGACUGCAAGAAAAACAAAAUUUCCAACUGCUGCCAUCUGCUGAUUCCUAUGCCAACAGUUUUAUAUAAUUUUAUAUAAAAAUUUUGUGUGUAUUUAUUUUAUUUCCUGGCAUAUUGCUUACCUCCAUUAAUUGCAAUUUUUUAUGAAAUAAAAUCUGUGAUACUGUU